UGCAAGGCACACACCAAAUAACACCGAAAUUAUUUUCUAUUUUUCCACAUAUUUUUUUAACGAUUUUUAUAUUGGAGGUUGCCUUUUUCCCUGCACUUUCUAUAAAGGAUUGUUGCAGUCACUGCCGAAGAAUCUCAGUAUUACCAGGAUCAUGCCACGUGGCAAGUACGUAAAUCACAAGGGUCGCAGUCGCCAGUUCACGCCAGCGGAUGAACUGCAGCGGGAAAGGAUCCGCCAGGACAAGGACGGGCAGGCUCCUCCCAAUGGUCAGGUGAAGGAGGACUGGAAACUGGGUAGGAAGAACGACUUCGAUCGUGGCCACGGUGUCCACAGCCUGAUUGAGAUCUCCAAUCCGAAUCGCUUGCCGCGGGAGAAGCCUUUGAGUCUCUUCAUAACCAUGUCCGCUCAGGAACAACUUUUGCAGGUGGAUGAUGCCACCCAAAGGCGGCGCCUUGAAAGGAAACGGGAGCGGAUUCAAAGCGAGAACAUCCAGAGGAGCAAGGAGGCAAAGGCGGACCUGGCCAGAUUGGCAUUGGUGCGCCAGGAACGGGAAGCGGCCGCCGAGCGUCGAUUGGCCGCCAAGAAAGCAGCCGCCGAAGCUGCCGCCUCCGGUUCGGAAACUUCCCUCAAGAAGAUCAGCCCGAAACCACCAGUCCUGGAUGGCGACUCGCCACUGGAGGUCCUGGAAUUCAUCGGCCCCACGGGUUAUCAAGGCAAGGCCCGCUCUGGCCGCAAAAAGUAAACAAAACAAAAGUACAAGCAUUCAACCCAAAAAUUUUACCUUAAGAACACACUAGAAUUUUCUAGAAAAACACCCCAGCCACAAUGAGACCAGAAAUAACUUGUCAAAACGCUUUUACUAAAAACCCAUUUAGAAACUGGGUUCACAAUCUAACAAAAUUCGGAAGACGAACCCUUAAAAUUGAAAACACCCAGACUAAAACCCCAAAUUAAAUCAAAACUCAAAAUCCUAAUCAAGCUGGCAUUGAAAAAUACUUAGCAUCAAGUCACAGUCGAGCAGUAACCAAUGGUUUUGGAAGUCAUUUUAUUUCGAUUUCAUAUACAUGUUGGUUCUCUCGAUAUUUUCUAAUAAAAAAAACAAAAAGUAAAAAGCUUA